AUGGAUUCUGCGUUUGCAUUCAGUGUAGACAUACCUAAUGACGUUAGAUGUGUUAGUUCUUCUUAUUCUCGUAGAAAAUGUCAAGAAUGCGGCGCAUUUUUAUUACAGGAAGAAGGAAUCUGUCCUAUUUGUAAUCCAAUGGAAUUUGCAAGAGUUAGAGAUACAACAAAUUUCAGUUUUUUCCAAGUAGAAGACUCAAAUCAAAAUUACAAAGAAACAGUCAUAUUUUUCUUAUUCGAUCUUGAUUGUGAUAUUGCAGAUCUACUUUCUAUUGCAAAUGAACUCAUUAUUGAUGCAGAAGGCGAUAAUUCGCAUAAUUAUCAAAGAAUUUUAUUCAAUUUCGGAUUUUUAGGCUCAUCAACACAACUAUUUAAGAAAGACAGCCAAGGAAUUCACUUCUAUACACUUACAAAGCAUUCUGACAUAUGCCAAACCGCUCAACCAAUUUUGAAUUUCAAAGAUUACAUUUUCCUUGCAAUUAACAUUGCGAAAAGAUACCUUUCACCAGCUACAGACAAAUCACAGCAGUUAUCCAGCACUUACAAGAUCCUAAGUGAACAAGAUUCGAAUUCUAACUUUAUUUCAGACAUGUUCUACUUCUUUUCAGGUACAUUACCACAAAAUCUUUCAUGUAAGAGCGGUACUCGCUCCCAUUUCUACCAUUUCGCAAGCGAACCAUCAAAACCAAACAUGGAAUGCGCUUUACAGGUCAGUGCUACAUAUUUCUUCUCAUCAACUGUCUGCAAUGCAUUAUUCCAAAAUAUUAUCAGGAAUAUUUCGUGCCACGGAGCUUUACAAUGUAAGAUUUCGAUUAUUGCUUCAAGCGGAAUUACUUUCAACAAUGUUGUUGGUCCUGUGACACGAGUGGGCUCAGCAUAUAAUUGUAAGGUCUUGGAUGUGUCAACUUAUUCGAGAAAUCUUCCUUUGUAUUUAAUUCUGAAAAUUUCAAAGGAUGCUUAUCAAAGGAACCAAGCUUUCUCGAUUCAGAUGCUCUUCUUCAUCACUCCAGGCAUCAUUUACGUUGUCAGCGAAGUCUGGCAAAAAGCUAAGUCAAAUCUCGAAUUUUUCAGCUCGAUUUCCAAUUAUUUGUUUGAAGGAUAUUAUGUACAGAAGUUCUGCUACGAUCUUUUCACUAAAUCUUCAUGGAGAUCUAAACUUCCCUGGUCAAUUCCAACAAGAAACAGCAAAGUCUUCAAGGAGAACAACAGUCUGAAGUACAGAUUAUCUAUACUUGAGAGUUUCUUGAACCAACUCCUCGGAACUGACGAAAUUCUCGCAUUAAACUUCAGAAUGUACAUGUUUGUCCAUAUUUUCUACGGAGAACCACAGUAUUUGAAAGACCUAAUGAUGUCACUUACAGAUCAAGCCAUUGGCAACGAAAUUAUCUACUUACCUCCUCUUAUUCUUUGUAAGAAUAAGAAAUCAACGGCAGUUAGUGAAAUUAGGCCAAACUUGCUUCAGUUCACAAUUAUUAUAUGCGAUGAUGGAAGUUUCAACUCAAUUAAAACAAUAAUUGAGAAUCUUCAAACAAAAUUGAAGAGUUAUGACCCGAGAACCCCAAUAUAA